AUGUUGAUUUUUGACCAUGAAGGACAUUUCAGAUUCAAACCAGGACUGAGAAAAUAUGCCUGUGAUCUUAAACUGGAUCCAAACACAGCACACACUCAACUCAUUCUGUCUGAAGGGAACAAAAAAACAACAUAUGUGAAAGAUCAUCAGCCGUAUCCUGAUCAUCCAGACAGAUUUUAUGAUCGGGAGCAGAUCCUGUGUCGAGAGAGUCUGACUGGACGCUGUUACUGGGAGGUUAAAUGGGAAGGCUCAGGCAAUGUAGGGAUUACAUAUAAAGGAAUUAGCAGGAAAGGUGGGAUUGACUGUUCGUUUGGAUUCAAUGAAAAGUCCUGGAGUAUGUAUUGUUCUGAUACGACGUAUACUGUCUGGCACAAUAAAAACAGCACUGAUGUAUUUGGCCCUUCAUCCCGCUCUAAUGGACUAGGAGUGUAUCUGGACUGCUCUGCCGGCACUCUGUCUUUCUACAGCGUCUCUGACACACACACACUCACACACUUACACACAUUCAACACCACAUUCACUGAACCCCUCUAUGCUGGAUUUGGGGUUUAUCCUGAAUCUUCAGUGUCUUUGUGUCAGAUUUAACAACCCCUUGUGAAGAACCACAGAAGCACUUACAGAAGCCACUUUCCACAUAAGAGCAAAACAAGUAAAAGGUAUUUGCAAUUGUAUAUCUUGCAUUGGCAACUUUCUCUCUCACAAUGAUGACAUCAAUUUAUAGUCACAAUUGCAAGAUAUAAAGUUACAAAUGUAAGCUGUAGUCACAUUGUAAUGUAUGAAGUUGCGUUGUGAGAUGAAGUCAGAUUGCAAUAAACAGCUGCAGUUAUGAGAUGUACAGAAAAAAAAUGUCAAAUUAUGAGUUACAAGGUCACAACUGCAAGAAAAUGAAUUAAUAAAAUGCUAUUAGUACAGUACACCUAGAUAUGAAUAGUCAUCAAUUAAAUAUAGAGCACUAGGCUGUGAGUUUGAAGUUGUUGAAAUUUCUGGGCUGUGUUUGACUGAAAACUGAAAAAAGUGAUGUUCAGUGCAUUAGCUUCCCCUUCAUCAAGAUAUGGAGGACAACUUCCAUAAGUGCAACUAAAAGAGAAACUGUGAAGAUUCACAAUUGUAUCACAGACUCACACUUUCUGUUUGA